AUGAGGUGUGCGGCGGCGGCCCCGUGUCUGGCUCUGCUUCUCGGUCUGUCCCUGGAGACCGGCGUGUUUCCCUUCGCGCACCGGAUUAUCACACACAGGACGGACACCAAGUCACCUGCCACCGGUAAUGACCAUCAAGUUGGGGACGAGUCAGGGCUUGGGGUGAAGGAGCACUUGCAGAUUGUUACACAGCACAAUAGGCUGCGCAGCCGGGUCAAACCCAUGGCAGCUAACAUGCAAAAAAUGGAGUGGAAUGAGAGGCUGGCCUUGCUUGCAAAGGAGAAGGCGGGCUCAUGCCACACAAACCCCUCCCCUCAGCACUCGCCACCGUUUGAUCACACCGGCUGGAACACACAUCUCGCUCCCUAUGGCGCCGCCUCAUUUUCUGAAGUCAUUGACUCCUGGUUUGAGGAGGGACAAGAUUAUCUCUACUUGAGUGGGAAAUGUAGAGAGAACGCCACCUGUCAGCACUACACACAGCUGGUCUGGGCCACUUCCAGUCAUGUUGGCUGUGCCAGCCACCUGUGUCUGAGAGACGGAGACCUCUGGGAGCUUUUCGUCUGUGCGUAUGCCCCUGGGGGUAAUUGGGAGGUGAACGGUCAUCUGGUGGUGCCCUAUAAGACAGGGCUGUACUGCUCCCUCUGCACCUCCUCCAUGUCUGGCUGCUUUAAACUGUGGGACCACGUAGGAGGGUUGUGUGAGACCCCAAGGAACCCAUGCCGUAUGAGCUGUGGUCAGCAUGGCCAUCUUAAUGUCUCAACCUGCAAGUGUCAGUGUGACCAAGGGUUCACCGGCCGCUUCUGCCAGGUACGGUGCAGCGUGCAGUGUGUGCACGGUCGAUACAAAGAAGAGGAGUGCUCGUGCCAGUGUGAUGUUGGCUAUGGGGGUGCUGAGUGCGCAGAGAAGCUGAGGUUUCCCUUCCACAGCUGUGAUGUCUGGAUAGACGGCGAGUGCUUCAUGGUGUCUUCAGAGGCUGACACCUACUAUGGAGCCAAGAGUCGCUGCCAGGAGAGAGGGGGUAUUCUCGCUCAGAUCCACAACCAGAAGGUUCAGGACAUUCUGGCCUUUUUCCUUAGCCACCUGGAGACGAACAAUGAGGUCACCAACUCUGACUUUGAGACACGCAACUUCUGGAUCGGUCUAACAUAUAAACCUCCAAAGGAUUCAUUUCGCUGGGACACAGGAGAGAUCCCAGCCUUCAGCAGCUUCGCCUUUGGACAGCCUGACAACCACGGCUUUGGGAACUGUGUAGAGCUGCAGGCAUCGAGUGCCUUUAACUGGAACGACCAGCGCUGUAAAACACGAAACCGAUACAUCUGCCAGUAUGCUUCAGAGCACAUUGCCCUGUGGGAGGCUGGCUGGUGAGGAGCUGCAGCACUGAAUGGAUUUUUCAAUGGAGUGAAACCAGGCAUAUUUGUAAUGCAUUGGUUGGGACACCGCCCACUUCGAUCACCAAUCCCUGUACUACUGCACGUUCUUAAAUUGUCAUGCAUUGUACUUUGAUCAUUAUAUUUAGAUGUAUGUCCAGGUUUGAAUUUAGAGUGCCAAGACUUUAUUGUUAAUGGUUUGUGAGCAUGUUAAUUAGAUAAUGCAUUGCUUCAUACAUUUCUGCUAAAAUGAAAAGAAAGCCAAUCAUGAACAGCAUUCAAUUCAAUUCUGUCCACACCCAGUUGGUGUUUAAUCCCAGCAAAAAUCGUAGUACCUCUUUAACAAGAAAAUGUUUUGAGUCCAGCUCACCAUGGCCAAACAAAUCCUUACAAAAACAUUUUCAAGCUCUCAACAACUUUUAUUAUUACCAGUAAUAUGCAAAACAGUUUCUCCAUCAAGCUGAGUUAAUUGUUGUUCCAGGAUUUUACUGUAAGCCAGUUUAUAAAUUGUAAGGAGUAUUACAGCCAGCCCAGCAGUUUACUUCAUAAUUCAAAUGAAUUUUGGCAUGACCACUAUCCUAUACAGGGUACAUUACUGAUGUUGUUGUAUCGAAAUUCUCUUUUUCCCAUUGUCCAAAGAGCAGGGUCAGAGUGCAGGGUCAGGCCAGCUGGAAGGGAUCCAGUAUGUUGCUCAGGGACACAACACAGCUUUGUCAAAAUUUGUGUUGAACCCAGGUUAUCUGGUUGUGAGCCAUUCUCUCAAACCACUUGGGUCCCCUGCAACUACCUGACAGGUUCACUGUACUGAUACCUUCCAAGACAGCGAACUGUGGUUUUGGAUCAAAAUAAUAUAUGGACUUGAAUUUCAGAUAUCACUUUGCCCUCUCCCAAAUAGCACAUUGUUUUCUGCCAGUUUUGUCAUUGACUGAUAUGGGGAAAGUCAUUUGUGCCUUUACUUCUUCACAUCUCCUGCAAUUGUUUUUUGUGCUGGCAAUAAAUGUCUCUUUCACGUCCCCGCUUGUUAAAGAUGCAGCAGCUAGAAUUUCAGCCGGUCCUAACAGGCGAAAUCACAUCACUCCAAUUCUGGCGUCUCUAUGCUGAUUACUAGUGAGGUCUAGAAUUGAUUUUAAGAUUUUUUGAUCACCUUUAAAAUACAGUUAAGUGCGUCCCACGGCUAUAUUGCAGAUAUGUUGAUCUCCUGUGAGUCAGUGUGCAGCCUCAGAUCCAGGGAGGCAGGAUCACACUGACCGUUUCAAAAUCCAGGCUUUAGACUUUGGAUGACCAAGAUUUUGCCAAUAGGGCCCUGAGGCUUUUGAAUAACCUGCCUGAAGAGCUCGGUCUAGCAGACUCAGUGUCAUCUUUCAAAUCACUUCUUUUUCUUCUAUUUUAUGAGGAAUUGCUUUUUGGUGAUGUCUCUAGCCUAUUAUUUAUUUCCUUUUAACUCUCACUGUUUUAUAUUUUCUUACCUUUAAUCUUGUGUUGCCUUGAAUUUACUUGUUUUAUGAUUUUGUUUAACUGAAUUUUAUUUUGAA